AUGGGAGAACAGCUCUCGCCUCUCCCAUACUUGGUUGACAGCACAGCCGUGACAAGACGAAGAGAGCGUGUCUUGCGCUGCGACUCCCAACUCGCUCAUGUGACGAUGCUUGCGGCUGCUGCAAUCACAAAAGAACAAAUUACUCGCUCAAGUGAUUUGUUACCGCAGUCCAUGGCAAAAGGUGUAUAUGAAACGAGAGGACGUGAAUAA